CAGAGAAGACUGUCCCCGGAGCCCUGCCAUGGGAGCCACCCUGGCUUCUAUGACCUCACAGGAGGUGCGGGUGACUGUCCUCUGUGGGGCCUGGGUCCAGUCGGGGGGCCAGAGCCAGACUCCUCAGGCAGAGGGCACACGGUUCCUGCAGGAGGGAGCCAGGAGACCAGGCAGCUCCAUGUAGGUCCACGUUUAGGAUGGGAGGCCCCGCCAUGAAGAAGGUCAAGAAGAAAAAGGUAGAGGCCCGACGCCGCCGAGACUCGAACUCCCACCACUCCACCUCGCCGCGCUCUGAGUCCGCCUCACAGCAGCCCAGCCCCAAGGGCCUCUCGAGGAAGCCCAGCCCCGAGUCCCCCUCACGGAAGCUGCGCCUGGAGCCCGCGCCACCGAAGCCCAGCCCCGAGGCCACGCCGCUGAAGCUCAGCUCUGAGCCCAUUCCGCUGAGGCCCAGCCCGGAGUCCACCCUGCAGAGAACCAGCCCGGAGUCCUCUCUGCAACAAUCUAGCCUUGAAACCACCUCCCAGGAGCAUGCCCCGCAAGCUUUUUCAGCUUCCAAUAUCCGCCGCUUCUCUGGGAGCCUAUGUCCGACCGCUGACACCAGCCUAGUCCCUCAAUUCCAGAAAACAAGGACAACAGGGCCUGAGACGCUUGUGGGCCCGUAUUCCUGCUCCUGUGCCGCAUGCCCCGGCAGCAACGCUUGCUGCCGUCGUCUGGGGCUGUGCCAUAGCCGCAUCUUCGAUGUCCUUCUGCCCCGGGACUGGCAGUUCGUACCAGGGAGAGGAAUCCCGAGCCUCCUCACCUUCUACAGAAAACCUUCAAGAAAACUCGCCAGUGCUCGUGACUCGUGUCCUCCAAGCCCUCGGGACUGUUGCUGUGGCUCUAGGGGCCCUGGGAGCUGCCUACUACAUAACUGACACCUUGUGAACAAUCCCCCAGGCCCACGGUCCGCCAGGUGCGUGGAGCCCUGGCACUUCUCUGAAUAGAGGUGGCCUUUACAGCUGGCCCAAGCUUCCAGCCUCUCAAGCAAAGCUUAAGAGCUGACUGACUUGUUCCUGGCCUCAGGGUCUGCUGGCAUGACUCUCGCAGGCGACCCUGGCUGCCCUCAGACGGAGCCUGUGCCCAACUGGUUCCAAUGAGCUUUCCCCGCCUGCCUGCCCUGCUGCUUUUGUCGGAUUGUCGCUGCAGUGACUACUUGCAAUCCAGUGGCGGGAUCAGCAUUAACCGGCAAUGAGUGCGUGAGAUGUGUUUGAACCAGCAGACCCCGGCUUCUUCCAGACCUGCCUUUGCCAGAGCCCAGGCUGUGGUGUCAUCUCCUCGUGUCAUUUAACUGACGCUGUGGGUCUAAGGGUCUAAUUAAAGCCCUGACGUUUUAGUGCUUAUUAGGAACAAAGGAGGUUGAGUUAUCACAACUAGAUUAGACCAGUCUAGACCUACCUCCAGCCCUGGGUUGGGGCUGCGUCCCUCCAGCUGGGCAAAGCAGGGAUGGGCAUCGAAACCAGCCGGGCUCCUGCCAACAAGGAGGGAGUGAGGUGGGUGCAUGUCUUGGUGGGCGCUGGGGAGGUAGCAGAGGGCCAGCGACCACAGCAGGAAAGAGUGGUUUUAGAAGGCAAUUUAGCCGUUCCCAGGAUGGACUUGAACACGCACGGAAGUGCUUUAGCCAGUGAAAGCCGCCCUGGAAUUAGCGUGAAAGUCAGUGUGGGGUGACACAGGUGCACUGCAGGGGUACAUGGGACCCUCCUGACCCCUGAGACUCAGCUCUCAGUCACUGUGGAAGGGAAAUCCGCCGUUGGA